UAGCAGGUCCCAGACAGCAAAGGAGGCACAAGGAAGGGGCAGCUUCAGGAUGGAGCCCUCUGGGAUGAAGCUCCUAAAGGUGUCCUCUCCCGACUUCUUGCCCAGAGACCAGCCCUUCACCAUGCAGUUUCCUGGCCCGCCCUCUCCACCCGGGUCUCCUGCCCUCCCUGGGCUCUCUCCGCCCGGAUCUCCUCCUGCCCGCUCCAGGCGCUCCGAUAUCAUCCCCUACACGCCGCCGCCGUCCCCCGGCCUCACGGGCCGCCUGCCCCCCAUCGUCAAACAGUACCAGGAGCGCGGCCAAAGGGAGCAGGCAGAGGGGUAUUCCCGCAGAUCCCCCAUGUACUGUGGGGGCCGGCACACCAGCAUCUGCCCAGUGCAGCCGAUGGAGCCCCUCCUCCCAGACCCCAGCAAGCCCGGCGUGUUUGACCUGGUGGGCAGGGAUGGAAUCGUCUACCGGGGCCGGCAGUGCAGGAGGACUCCUAUGGGGUCCUGGAUGGAAGGAGCAACCUAUUCCAAUCUGCAGUAAAGAGCUACAAGCAGCCAAGCA